AUGUCUGAAGCCCUCAUAGCUGAGACUCUCGCAGCAUACAUCCCAAGAAAUCGCAUCGACCAAGUUGACAAUGACAUCGCUGAAUUGAGGGGCGAUGUCCAUAACAUGAAUACCCAUAUCUCUGGGAAUAGCAACAAUAUUGCUCAUUUAGAUCACAACAUCAUCAAGGUGGAAGAGAGAUUAAACAAGAAAUUAAACGAAAUUCUCCUUGCACUCUCUCGACACAAUGAGCCAAAGCCACCCACAGUAAUGGUGGAAAACCCACCCCCAAACCCAUUAACUGAUGGGGAUCCCAUUGUUGUCCCUGAACAGACAAAAGAACCCACUGUUGAGGCACAAGUGCCCCAAGAGGUCCCUGUAAAUGGGUCAACCAAUCAUUGGGGUCCCAGUACCUGA